UUGAAAUACUAGUGAGAUCCAUGAAUGACAAAACAUCUCAUCAUAUAUCAAUAGCAGCUAGAGAUUUGAGAGCGAGCGUGAGAUUAAUGGCGCCGGGGCUUUAUGAAGCUUCACUGAGAGGUGAUGUUAAACUGCUCAAGAAUUUGCUGAAUGAAAAUCCUCAUCUUUCUCUUCUUGAGACAUUUACAGCUCACAAUAGAACUGCUUUACACAUAGCAGCUAUGUGUGGCCAUGUCAAGUUUGCGGGAGAACUUUUGAAGAUAAAGGGAGAACUCGCAAAGGAGAAAGACUUGUACGGGUUUACUCCUCUUCACCUGGCUUCUGCAAGGCAAGGCCUUUAUAUGGUGAAGCAGUUGUUAGAAUAUUCCAAGUUGUUGGAUCCCGACAUAGAUGUUUGUAUGGUACAAGAUAAUGAAGGGCGAACACCUCUACAUUUAGCAGCAACUAAAGAUAGAGUUAACAUCAUGAAGGCGUUGAUUAAUCAGACACCAGAAGCUAUUCACAUCCAAAAUAGUCUAUAUGGGACCAUACUACACCUUUGCGUUAAACAUGACAGUUUAAACGCACUAAAGUUGUUGGUCGAGAAAUUGCCAUCACCGGGUGCACCAAUUUUGAACAUGGAUGCUCAUACUCUAUCUAUCGACUCCACAAACUCGGAUGGCAACACGAACAUGAAUGCUCAAUCUAUCAACUCCACAAACUCGGAUGGCAACACGAACAUGAAUGCUCAAUCUAUUAACUCUGCAAACUCGUAUGGCAACACGAACACGAAUGCUUUAUCUAUCAACUCCACAAACUCGGAUGGCAACACAAUUUUGCACCUUGCCGCAGAAAUGGUUGCCGCAGAAAAGGAGCGAAUGAAGUUUAUAAGAUAUUUGAUGGAGAGUAAGAACAUCGGAAUUAACAUAAAUAUUGAAAACAAAAAGGGCGUCAAAGCAUUACAUAUGUUUUCGGAGGACGAUAGAGAAAAACUUGAAAUUGGUUGCCAUGACAUGAAGAAGAUAACAAAAACAGAUCCAUCUGAUCAACAGAAAUGGAUGCUAGAGAAAGUGAAUGCGUUAAUGGUGGUUGCAACAUUGGUGGCAGGAAUCGCCUUUACAGCUGCUAUGAAUCCACCGGGUGGUGUAUUUCAAGAAGACUCCAAAAUCAAGGCUAGUGAAAAUCCUGUUAUAUUUACUUACUACCUAAGCUCUGUGGCUAAGUCCACUAAGUCCAGUCGCUUUGGUCAAUAUCUAGAUCAACAUCCACUAACCCAGAGCCCAAAUAUGAUUAAUAGCACCAAUUUUCUUCAGGAACUGUUAGACACACUGGAUAAUAAUACUUACACUGCUUAUUCACCUUAUGUGAUGGGAAAAUCACCCGGUAUUGUUCUGGAACACGAGAAGUGGAACAAAAUCAUUUCCAAGUAUAAGCCUAGGUUUUCGCCUUAUCUAAUACGUUAUGCUGGGACACCAAUAUUAGCUUACAAAAAUCCCAGAAUAUACAAUCUCUACAUGACUUAUAAUGCAAUUGCAUUCCUAGUCUCCCUAAGCAUAAUAGUAUUAGUUAUAAGUGGGUUUAUCAAGACCAAGAAAACUACAAAUCACCAGGUUAGAGUUCUUAUAGGGAUGAUGAUUGUUGCAAUCACAGCAUGGCUCUUAAGUUUCAUUUCUGUUUUCAUAAGUAUGUCUCCCCCAUUUUACAUUAACCAUCCAUUAUUGAAUCAAGCAUUCAUUAUCAGCAUUGUGACCCUGGCGAUUUGUAUGUGUGGAUACAAUUUCUUGGUUAUGAAGUUGCUACAUUGGGUUAAAAUUCUAUGGUGGAAGAUCAGGCAUAAAGAUGUAUUAAUCGACCAGUUCCAGAAAGAGUACAGUGCAAUACAUAGUGAUCACACGAGUCUGAUGACAAAAGCAAUACUAUUCCUGAAGUUUAUGCCGGUUUUUUACUUCAUACUUCUCGCCAUUUUAUCGCUUCCGUUUCUCUACAGUUACACAAACCGAGCGUAAUUAGCAAGGCAAUGAGUGUAGCUAGCAUGUUGUGUGUUCCAUGAUUCAUAUCUUUAUUUUUUUUGAAGCAAUUAUCCAUGUCUUGUGUAAUCCCCAAGUAUGGUUAAUUGUUGCUAUUAAUAUAACUUCGUUU